GCGCCGUUGCUCCGCGGCAGAGGCGCGGGUCCGGCGGCAGAGUCCAGCUGUGGUACCGCCUCCGCUGGCCGGUCACAAAACUUGGACAACAUGCCACUUCCACACGUCCUCUGCGACGACUUUGGAUUUAAAGGUUUAUCUGGAGCAGAAAAUCAACACAUUCAUCAUUAAAAGCCGACACGUGUCCGGAACUCACCUGAGCGGACCAGUCGAACCCGAACACACUGAAGACUGGACAGGAAUCUAGUUUACACAUGCUUUAAAAAAAAUUAUAUUUAAAUUAGAAUGGGUGUUUUGUGGAUUACUUGUUUUGUCUUCUGUUUUUGUUGCACUGGAUUAAUUUUUGGAAGCCCAAAAAGUUGCGACGAAGUACGGAAAGUUUUCCAACUCAGACAAAUUGGACCCAAUCAGUUCCUUCCCGUUCAACCCGUUUCAGGGUCAGAACUACAGGUAUGCAUGUCCAGGAACUUGACCUGCUGCACCAAAAAGACAGAGGCAAGGUACCAGUUGGCGGCCCGGAGAGACAUCCAGAACCUUCUGCAGACAUCCAGCUCCAACCUGAAGUUGCUCAUCUCACGAAAUGUGGCUGCUUUUCAAGAGAUCUUUGAAAGUUUGAUGAAACAAGCAGAGAACCACAGUAAUGCUGUCCUCCGUGAGUCCUACCCCAGCAUGGCCGAUCAGGCUAUGGCCCCUGUGCGGGAGCUCUUCACUGAUAUUGGACUAUUCUUGCUGGGAUCUGAACUUGGUGUGGAUGACAUUGUUCAACGGUUCUUUGAUGCCCUCUUUCCGCUGGUAUAUAAUCACCUUCUUAACCCAGGUAUCACUGACAUUGCACAGAGCUAUGUGGAGUGUGUAAGGUUGUCUAGUCGUGACGUGAGGCCAUUUGGAGUGGCACCUGGUCUCCUUGUUGACCAGAUAACUCGUUCAGGAGUUUCUGGGAAACUCCUCCUCCAGGCAUUACACCUGGGCAUAGAAGUUAUCAACACCACUGACCACCUUCAGGUGAGCCGUGAAUGUCGACGGGCCCUUCUCAAGAUGCAGUACUGUCCUCACUGUCAGGGAUUAACCCAGUCGAAGCCCUGCAUGGGCUACUGCCUCAACGUCAUGCGGGGCUGUUUGGCAAGCAUGGCAGAGAUCGACACCCAUUGGAGAGAGUUUGUGCGCUCUAUGGAGGGCUUGUCAGCGCGGAUGCAAGGCGCUCAGGACUUGGAACAAGUGUUACAUGGAGUUCAUACACUAAUACACAAUGCUGUUGGAUAUGCACAAAAAAGUGGCCCUCGUCUUUUAACACAGGUACAUAGAAUUUGUGGCGUGCCGAGCAGGAAGCCCGUGCAAUCAGUCAGCAUCAGGCGUAGCAGCAGCAGAGAAACUGUUGGUCUCACUUCUUUCAGACUGACCGGAGUGUCACUCGCUAUCAGGAGAAAGGAGUUCCUGAACAGUCUGCGUCUUUAUCGAACUUACUACGGCGGCCUGGCCGAUCAGCUGUGUGUCAGUGAGUUGGCAUCUGGUGAUGGAUUUUCCUGCUGGAAUGGAGGCGACAUUGUGAAAAGCUACACUCUUCGUGUGGUGGGAAAUGGGGUCAAGGCUCAGACUGCCAACCCAGAAGUCAAAGUGAAGAUGGUUGACCCUGUGAUCAGUCAGAUCAUAGACAAGCUGAAGCAUGUCAUUCAGCUGUUGCAGGGUAAAUCUAUUCCUAAAUUUGGGACACUGGACCAGAUUGAAACAGGAAGCGGUGAUGCAGAAGGCCAUUACAGUGGUGACUGCGAUGAUGAGGAUGGUUGCGUUGGUUCAGGUGGUGACGAGAUGAACAGAAAGGUCUCCAGAGUUGCCAAAUUGAACCCAAGUGUUGCCAGAGAUCACAGACAUCAUCACUACCCUUAUGCAGAUGAUUCUGAACUGGAGGUCAGAUCCGGGAGCCACAGGCCGACAGGAGCUCUGCUAAUAUUAAUGAUGAAUUACUUACACAUACUGCUGGCUUCAUAACUUAUUUUUUUUCAAUAUCGUUCCGUCAAGACUCAAUUUAACCAGAUCUGCGCAGAAACCAAGAGUGAAACUCGUUUACCAAUUAAUGAAACAUCCAGCCAACAAACUCCAAGAUGUUGUGAACUGUAAUUCCACAUAGUCCAGGACCCAAACAUGAACUCUAACAACUGUGUGGAAGCACACCUGCAUCUUCAUGGACUGACAAACCAAACCUUUCUAAGAGAGAUUAUGUAUCAGCUUUGAUAACAGUUUUCAAAUCAUUAAGUGCCAUUUAUUUCUGUGAAUGAUUUAUUUUAAAUAGAAUACAUUACACAAUGUACAAAUCACUAUACAGUAUAUGUUGUAAGAUUUUGUUGUAAAUUAAAUUAUAUUUCAGCACAUAUAUACGUAAAUGAUUUGUACAUAAGUAAGAUUCACCAUAUUACAAUUUAAUGUGCUACAAAGGUAUUUUGUGUCUUUUGUAAAAUGAGGUUUUAUCACUGAUAUUUUAUUUGGAAUAUGAUUGACCGAGGCCUCUACAGUUUUUGCCUUUGCAAUUAGUGAUACAAUGGCUUUGUGGUUAUCACUGGUGCCUCACAGCAAGAAGGCCGUGAGAUCGCUUCCCAUCCUUUCUGUGUGGUUUGUAUGCUCUCCCCGUGUCUGUGUAGGUUUCCUCCAGGCACUCCGGUUUCCUCCCACAAUCAAAAAA